AUGAUGGAAGGAUAUCAACAAUUUAAAUCAUUACGUAAAGCCGGUCAAGCAAUGAUUGGAGUUUUUUCUUUAUCUGCACUUUCUGGGGGUGAAUUACCGAGAAGUCAUAUUGAUACUUAUAUGAAAAUAUGUAAAAUAAAUAUAUCUAUUAUGCAUGAUAUUCUUGAACGUUUUUUCUAUCCAUUUAAUGAAGUUCCAGCAGCUGAUAAAGUAGUUAAAAAUAAAUUAUAUAAUAAAAUAAGGUGUUUUUCGAGUUCCAGAAUACAUAGAAAUUUCCGUAACAAUUUUAUUGUGUGA